AUGAGCAAUGAUAGAAUCAAUUUCAAAGUUACCUUUAAGUCAGAAACAAUACCCUUUGAGCAAUGGGACGCUUCCUCGACAGUUGGACAAGUCAAGCAACAUCUCCAUGAUACAACAUCGCUACCACAAGACAGCCAAAAGUUGCUUUGGAAGGGCCAUAUUUUGAAAGAUGAUGCCGCUUCAAUAAAUCAACUCGGCAUCCAGGACAAUAGCAAGCUCAUGCUAAUGGGCAGCUUACCGACUCAAGUACAACAAGUGAAUCAGUUAGAUCAAAAGAUACAAGAGCAAAGAAGAAUUGCUCCGCUUAUUCGACAGCAAAAGAAGAAACAAGCACAAAGAAGAGGACCAGAUCCAAACGCCAAUUACACCUUUCAUAAAAUCUCAGUAAUUCCUGAAUUCCAACAUUCGGAGAGAGCAAGGCAGCUGCUAGAAAGAUUACGAGAUGAUCGUGGUAUUCGAGCCAUCAUGGCAGCUAGAAAGUGGUCCGUGGGCGAAUUGAUAGAGCUAACACCAUUUGAAGCCACCAUUCUUGGUUACAAUAGAAAUGCGGGACAAUUGAUUGCGCUGCGAUUGAGAACAGACGAUUUAUCUGGAUUUAGACAUUACGAUUCUGUCAGAAAAGUGCUGCUUCACGAAUUGACGCACAAUGUAUGGAGAGAUCAUGACGACAACUUUCAUGCGCUGAAUAGACAACUGAACAAGGACGUGGUAAAUCUGGAUUGGACAGCUCACGGUGCAAAAAGCCUUGGAGGAGUAGAUUACUACAAUCCUGAAGAUGAGGAUGAAGAUGCAUAUGGAAACGAUGUGUUAUACGAAUCUGGCACGUAUCGUCUGGGAGCAGGAGCCAAAUCAGAGUCAAGUCAAUUAUUGACUCCUGAGCAGAGAAGGCAAAGGCUAGCAACUGCAGCAUUAUCGAGAUUAACCAAAAAGGAGGAGCAAGAAAUGGAUGAAGGUUGUGGAUCUUCAUCACAACAUCCUGUCAAAUAA